CUGUUGUCUCGUCCGCGUUUCCCUGACAACGUCUACACAAAUCCAGGAAAACAUCCGGAAAAGACCCUCUGGUCGUCCCUUGGAUCUUCCGUACGUGGAAUAACUGCAGGAUUUGGUUAUUACUGGACAAUAGCUUAUAUUUUCUAAAAACAUGACGACUUCUCCCCUUCCUGUCUUGGAUAACAGCGACCCUCGUCUAAAACUGACGGUGGAGAACAGAAAAAGAAAUAUUUUUGUAACACAGUCGGAAGACACCAGACAUAAAAAGCAGGAAAAUGUCAACUACAUACCUGUUGUAACAGAGACUUCAAGCAGAGUCCUUGAAGCAGGAGUGAACACUUUGCAAAAGACUCUGGUUCUGAAGAAACAGGCUGAGUUGGAUGAGGUGGACAAGCAACUCGCAUUCAAACAGCAAGAGUUUAAGAGCUGCUUGGAGGCUCUAGCUCAGAGAAGGUCUCAACAGGAAAAAAAACAACAGCAGACUAAAGAGAGGGCGAUUAAAUUUGAGAAGUUUGUGGCUGAAAAUGAAGUGAAGCGACGCCGAGCGCUGAAGAAGUAUGAGGCUGCACGGGAGCAGAACAUAUCGAAGCAGAGAGAGAUAGAAGAUCUGACAGAACAGCUGAAACAACUCAGGGCCAGACAGCAUGUUUUAAAGGAGAGAAUGGCAAAAUACAAAAUCUAUGAGGACUACUUGAUGAAAACACUGGAUUAUCUCCCCAGCAUUUACCUUGAUAAUGGGUCUGAAUCUUUGGUUAUGCCCAUUAUUCGGCGCCAUGAGACCCUGUCCAUCACCCACCAGGAGCUGCUGCAGCGAUUGGGGCGUCUGGAGGAUGAGGUGGAGCAGGGCCAGCGACUACUGCAGACCAUGAAGCAGGAACACAGCAUUAAAAAAUUGUUGAUCAGUAAGGAACUGUCUGAACUCCAGAGUGAGUUGGAAACCCUCAAAGAGAAGAACAAGCAGACAGAGGUUAACCUGCUGAUGGAGCAAGGCCUGUCCAGAGUGAAGGUUGAAGAAGUGGGAACUUUGCUUGUGGCCAUCAACAGCCUUGCAGAGCAGUGUUAUCUACCAGCAUAUGGACCUCUGGAAAACAUGAACAUACUGACAAUGAUGGACAUGGUGAAGGAGUACAUUGUGGACAAGGCAGACACAGAGAAGAGAGCGAGGAGACUGAUGGAGUCAGGGUCUGCAAUGACGAGUAGAACAGCUCUGACAGACAAAAAAGAGAGGGGAUCAGUGAAAAGCAUCGGCAGUAAAAUACAAAUCAAAAGUAAAGUCAGCAGAAAGAGUGAGACAAUGAGUUGAUGUACAACCUUUAGAUCUCAAGUUUGUUGUGUCAGAAAGUUCAUUUUUGACCUUGGAAGUAGUAGUUUGACAAUAGCUUACUUUUGAAAUGUAACAGAACAUGACAACAUGAAGACUGUGAGAUGCAGUGGACAUUUUAGAUAUUUUUGUUGACAUUUAAGAGUUGUUUGACUCAAAUUGUGUGAGUUUGUGUAACAGAGGCUCAGUGUUCAAAACUCUUUAUGGAAAAUCCUAUACACCAAAUUUUGCACUUUUAUUCAGCUUUUUAAAAAUUUUGACCAUUGGAACUUUUGUAUUUGUGCAUUUUUACUCUGUGUAUCUCUGGAAUGGAAUAAUUGUUGCAUUUUAAAAAUAAAAUGCUCGCAAUCAAAUAAUGCAGACAGACA